AUGAAAGAUGUAACAAUCAUAUAAUCAAUUGAAGACAAAACAAUUAAGAUGAGAGUAGCUUCGAGUCAAAAUACUGGUGGAAAUGGAGAGAGAUAUUUUGAAAUGAAGGACAAAGCAAUUUAAGUUGUUGUUGAAAAAUAUAAUUCAGACUUAUUGGUUCAAGAUAUGUAAAUAAAACUAUUAGCUUUUAAAAUAACAAAAAAUAGAUAUUAACAAUUUAAAAAAGUUCAACAAAUUAAGAAUGAAGAUUUAGGAACUAAAACAUGUUUAAUUGAUCACUGAAAAAUAAAUUUAUCAUUUAUAAAAUUUUAAGUAAAUUAGUUGUAAUUAAUUAUGAAAAAAUAAUAGAAAAAUAUCUAAUUUAUUACAUUUUAAAGACCAAUGAUGGUUAGCUACUUUUUUUAAAUGAGUCCAAAAAAUUUACUUUUUCAAUUAAAAAUACAAUACUAUUAGGACAGAAAUUACGAGCUUCAUUAUUUUUAAUCAAUAUCAUUUGA